CAUCUAGCCUCAGCUUGCCAGCUGUGUGAGUGAGCCAUCCUAAAAGCGGAUCCUAAUCCUCCAGAUCCCCAUCAUACAGCCCCAGUGGUGCCCGUGUAGAGAAGAGCUGUCCCUGCCAAGCCCUACCCAGCUGCAGAUUCACAAAUACAAGUGAAGACGGUUGUUUCAAGCCACCAAGUUAUACAGCAGAGGAUGACUGAAUUGGCCUUCCAUUCUGCCAGAGCUUAGAGAAGAGAACCUUCUAUGUAUUAAAGUGCUUCAUUGUAGAAACAAAACCUAUUUCCACCUUCAGGAGUGUUGUUAGCAUCAUAAAAGAAGAAAAAGAGAUUCCGUGUCCUCUUCCCUUAGAGAUUUUUUUAUCUCCUAGGCUUUCAUUUUAUGUAUUUAUUAAAUUAUGGGUCUUUUUAAUUAAAGAAUACUGCAGAAUUGCAAAUGGUGGAAGUACUACCCCCGCCCAGAUAACUCCAUUCUUAUGUACUUCUAAUAUGGAAUGUCGUGUGCAUGUUAAUAAUGGGCAGUGACUUUGGAAUCAUUCAGGCGACGUACGGGACCUUGGAUAGCAACAUCCUCUCUGUAACUGUUUCUUCUCUGCAAUGGUAUCUACUUUAGAUGGUUGUUGACUGAAUUUGCGCUUAAAGAAAUCAUGUCCUCUGGAGGUGCUGAAGAUGAUAUCCCACAGGGAGAGAGGAAAACAGUUACAGAUUUUUGUUACCUUCUGGAUAAGUCUAAGCAACUGUUCAAUGGAUUAAGAGAUUUGCCACAAUAUGGGCAGAAGCAGUGGCAGUCCUAUUUUGGAAGAACUUUCGAUGUUUACACCAAACUCUGGAAGUUCCAGCAGCAGCAUCGACAAGUCUUGGAUAAUCGGUAUGGCUUGAAGCGGUGGCAAAUAGGGGAAAUUGCUUCUAAGAUUGGGCAGCUAUACUACCAUUAUUACCUACGCACAUCUGAGACCAGCUAUCUGAAUGAAGCUUUCUCCUUCUAUUCUGCAAUCAGACAGAGAUCAUAUUAUUCUCAAGUCAAUAAAGAGGACAGACCUGAGUUGGUCGUUAAGAAGCUACGAUACUAUGCAAGGUUUAUUGUAGUUUGUCUUCUGCUCAACAAAAUGGAUGUUGUGAAGGAUUUGGUGAAGGAAUUAUCAGAUGAAAUUGAAGACUAUACUCACCGCUUUAAUACAGAAGAUCAAGUGGAGUGGAACCUGGUGCUUCAAGAAGUAGCAGCUUUCAUUGAGGCGGACCCUGUGAUGGUACUGAAUGAUGACAAUACCAUUGUUAUCACAUCUAAUCGCCUCGCUGAAACAGGAGCCCCGUUGCUGGAACAGGGCAUGAUUGUGGGACAGUUGUCUCUGGCUGACGCACUCAUUAUUGGUAAUUGCAAUAACCAGGUUAAGUUUAGUGAACUAACUGUGGACAUGUUCCGGAUGUUACAAGCCCUGGAAAGGGAGCCAAUGAACUUAGCCUCCCAGAUGAAUAAACCAGGAAUGCAGGAAUCGGCUGAUAAGCCUACCAGACGAGAAAACCCCCACAAGUAUCUGCUCUACAAACCAACCUUCAGUCAACUAUACACAUUCUUAGCAGCAUCUUUUAAGGAGCUGCCCGCCAAUAGUGUGCUUCUGAUUUACCUGUCAGCCACUGGCGUCUUCCCCACAGGUCGUGCUGAUAGUGAAGGUCCUUAUGAUUUUGGAGGGGUACUUACUAAUAGUAACCGAGAUAUUAUAAAUGGAGAUGCCAUCCACAAACGAAAUCAGUCCCACAAGGAAAUGCACUGCCUUCAUCCCGGAGACCUCUACCCUUUCACGAGGAAGCCCCUGUUUAUUAUAGUGGAUUCGUCCAACAGUGUCGCAUACAAGAAUUUCACAAACUUAUUUGGACAGCCACUAGUCUGCUUGCUUUCUCCUACAGCAUAUCCAAAAGCUUUACAAGAUCAAUCUCAACGAGGUAGCCUCUUCACUCUCUUUUUGAACAAUCCUCUAAUGGCCUUCCUAUUUGUCUCUGGAUUGUCAAGCAUGCGCAGAGGCCUAUGGGAAAAGUGUCAAGAAUAUCUUCGAAAAAUCAACCGUGAUAUUGCCCAGCUACUGACCCAUUCACGUUCAAUAGAUCAAGCAUUUCUCCAGUUUUUUGGAGAUGAGUUUCUUCGCUUGCUUCUCACAAGAUUUAUCUUUUGUUCAGCCACCAUGAGGAUGCACAAGAUUUUUCGGGAAACACGAAACUAUCCAGAAUCAUAUCCACAACUGCCAAGGGAUGAAACAGUGGAGAACCCUCAUCUCCAGAAGCACAUUCUGGAAUUAGCAUCCAUUCUGGAUGUUCGAAACGUGUUCCUCGAGAGUACCAUAGAUGACUAUUAAAACAAAAUCCUCUUGUUGAAACAAUUUUUCAUUUGCCACAGAUUUUACAUGGUGCAGUUUUCUAAUGUGAUGACCAGGACACAUAGUGGUGUUACUUAGUUUUAAUUUUUUAAUUUAAGGCCACCAUUUUAAAAACAAACUGAAAAAAUUGUUCAAACUUUUAGGGUAACUGUUUUAAAAUACAGUCUUUCAAGUCUUUUAAAAAACUCAA